CCUCUCGACUCUCGUUUCUCUGAUUCUCCUCUUCAAAUGGCGAUUUCUUCGCUACUCUGUGAUAACCGAACGCUGGAGAUUCUCUCUUCAAUGCGAUUCUCGUGGCGGAAAUUUCGAUCGUUCGAUCGAGAGAGAGAAAAGGUCGGUCCAGCUCUUUCUUCUCCGAUUUUCUCUCAUCUCUGCCGAAAAUGGGAAAAUCGCUGCCGUUUUAGAAAUGUAGCCUUGAAAAAUCGGAUUUUCCUGAUUUUUUUCAGGCUUCUUUUUUGACUGGAAAGUAGAAAAAAUUAUUUGAGAAGAAGUUGCAUGUUUUGAGCUUUUUUUAGGGUAUAGAAACCCUAAUCUCACUCUUUUAGGGUUUUCUGGAAUAAUAUACGAGAUCUGAUCCGGUUAUUAGUUGAUUUAAUUUUGCCAUUUUGUCAUUUUCUUGCUGUUUUUGUGCUUUACGUAUGCAAUUCAUUGUCUGUUUUGGCCUAUAAGAAUCCAGGGAUUCUGAGCUGUUUUUGAGGUUUUUGAAACCCUAACCCUGUCGAUAUAGUGUUUGCAAUAUCAUCGGUCUGGAUCCGAUUGCUGAAACACAUGAUCUAAACCGGUGUGCUGAUUUCUCUUGAGUUUGUUCUUUCUGGAUCUUUUCCCCCCUGCAAUUUUCUGCUUUAUAUGUGUAAUUUUUUAAUCAGCAUCGGAUUGAGGAAAAAACAAGACGUGUUUUGAGCUUUUAUGGUACCUGUAGAAUCCUUGAAUUAAUAAUUAUCGGACUUGCAGAGUCAUCGGAUUGAGAAAAGGGUAUCUUUUAGGUUUUUUGCCACCCUGACGUUUGGAUGGUCUUAAAUCGAUUGGAAAAGCUUCAAAAGGCCGUCAGAUUGCUAAAUUCUGAAGUUUGAUAUUAGUGGUUUGCAUUUUAAAAUCUGCCAUUCUGAUGGCGUCCUUGAACCCUGGCGUCCUUGUAAAACUCCUGCAAAACAUGGACUCGGGGAAGGAAUCUGUCUUCGGUGAACACAGGUCGGCACUUCUGCAGGUGACUAGCAUUAUACCAGCCCUCACUGGUGGCAAACUCUGGCCUAACCAGGGUUUCUACGUAAAGGUCUCUGAUUCCUCACACGCCAUAUAUGUGUCUCUACCUCAAGAAUGCGAUGAGAUGAUUCUCAGUGACAAGUUGCGGCUUGGACAGUUCAUCUAUGUUCAGAAAUUGGAACAUGCGUUGCCCGUCCCUAUCCUCAGAGGAUUGAAGCUGGUUCCUGGUCGGCAUCCCUGCAUUGGAAGUCCAGAAGAUCUUGUUAGUGUGACGAAUUCGCUAGGGUUUAUCAGCCCUUUGCAUGAUCUGGAUUUGGGUACAGAAAAAAGUAAUGGUGUUGUAAAGAAGCCGCUAGAGAAAACACAUUCUUUGAGCGCUUCAAUGACUAGUGUGAAUGAUCAGAGUGCUAAAAGGGACUUGAAUUUCCGGUCAACACCUACCUCACCUAUCAAUUUCUUUAAUAAGAAGUGUGAGGUUGAGGAGAAAACGUCCCAUGUUUUAAAGGAGCUUGCGAAGAUCAGUAUAGCAUGCGUUGAUGAAGACACUGAUUUUGACAGUUCAAGAUCAUCUUCUUUUUCAAGACCUAAAGCUGCUAGGAGGAGUUGGGAUGAGAGGGGGGCAACCACAGCAGGGUUAAAGAAAAGGUCAAAUCCCCAAGCUGCUGUCAGGCGUGAUACUAAACCCCUUGCUCAUAGUCAGAGUGCUCAUAUUCCUCCAUGUCAAUUCGUGCUGAAGGACAGGUGUAUAUCCAAAGAUGAUAAUUCAAAUUACAUGUUGGCAAGGAAAAGUGAAAUGGAACAUGCUGCAAAAGUAGCCAUUAAUUCCACUAAGCGGAAAAUCAGUGCCAUUAAUAAAACAAGUGGAGAAGGCACUUGUGCUGCAAUGCCUUUGAGUUUAGCCAGCGGGGCUUACAAUGACAGAAAAUGGGCUGAAAAUGGUGUGUUGUGGGCUUCACUAUCGCCAAGCUUAGUUAAGCUUGGAAAGGAAGCUCUGAGGCACAGAGAUGCUGCGCUACUUGCUGCUGUGGAGGCUUUGCAAGAAGCAGCUGCUGCAGAGAGAUUGAUCCAAUGCUUGAGCAUAUAUUCGGAGCUACACUCUAAUAAAGAUGAUGAUCCACAGAUGAUAGUCAAUCGGUUUUUGAACUUGCAUGACGACAUGGCCCAGGCCACAGCAAUCGCAAAAUCAUUAGUGAAAAUUCGCCCAUUAAGAACACCUGACAGUGAUUCAAUCAGUUCAGGUUCACUUAAGGAAGCGGUGAAAAAUACAUUGGAAAGAAAGAAACGUGCUGCCUCUUGGGUUAAAGCGGCCGUGGCAUCUGAUCUGUCACCAUUUCCCUGCACCACCAAACCCAUCACUGGCUCUGCAGAGGCCACAGCAACACAAAGAAAAGUAGGCGCUAUUACCUACUGUAGGAAACUGAAUGGUUCUUGUGUCAUAAGCAAGCAGCGAAAGAAGGGUGAAAAUCUGGAAUGGGUGAAGGGGAGUGGCCCGCUUGUGGCUGCUGACCUGGCAAAUACAUUGCAGGGUGAAUGUAAGAAAUGGUUCUUGGGGUAUGUUGAGAAGUUCUUAGAUGAUGUUAAGAGCAAAACAUUAUAUACUGCAACAGAUAGACAGAUUGCUGGUGUUUUGUGUCAGAUUAAGAGAGUAGACAAUUGGUUGGGUGGGAACGCCCGCAGGAAUGGUAGUUCACCAAGGAAUGGAUGCAAUUUGUCACAAGAAGAGGAGCUAGAAGUAUGUGCGAGAGCAAGGAAGAAAAUAUACAGUAUCCUCUUGAAGCAUGUUGAGUGCGCUGCUAAUGCUUUGGAGUUGAGUGCAACUGCCACAGGAUUUGUAGCUGAAGAAAGGGAAGAUGGAUAAAUGCCAGAACAAGAACUGAGAAGAUAAUGUCAAUAAAAGAUACUAGCUAACUCUAGACUGAAGGUACGUUUUUAAUGUACCAUAACCAGCAAAUGGUGCAGCUUUUUGGUGGAACGGGUGGUUCAUUCGAUGACUGUUUGUGGGCAAGUUGGAUUUCAAGGACGUUCUAUAUUUCUAGGUUUUCUGCCUGAAAUCAAUAUUGGGAACUUUCAGUUGGGCUAGGACACAAAAUGGAUGAUGUGGGUGGAAAUGGUCCUGCGGCCCACCUUUCCAGGAACAUCUAUACGUACCCGGGAUGUGGAUUUUUUUUAGUUGAUGUGAUGGUAGUUUGUUUAGCCUCCCUUGGUUUGGGGCAACAGUUUUGAAAUAAGGUAUUCAUUCUAUCACACGUUUAUUUUAUAUAUGGUUCAAGCAAUUGCCAGUGAGAAGUUUCUUUAUUGCCUUUC